AUGAAACGUACGAGCAAAUCGCGUCUUUUUGUAGACGCUGAAAUCAACGUUACCGACCUUCCACCCUCUCAAGUUGACAAUGCAUUCAAGCUCGUCUUCGAUUUCUUUAUGGAAGCUCAAAUCUCUAUUACCCAAGUCCAGUACUGGGGCAAUUUGUUUAUGAUUGUACUGGAGGAUGAGGAUACUGAUUUGACUGAAGUACCCCGUUCGAUAGGCUGCUGUACCUGUUUUUAUCUGUUUGUUCAGGAGGUACGACGACCGACACAAGGCAGGCUCACAGAACCGACUGCCGAUAUUGUUGAUAGUAGCAAGUAUGAUAUACUGCGUCCCGGCGUUAUGUUGAACUCUAGUAUAUAUUCUCCCACCGAACCUGGGUAUCUUACUACUUCUGGUGUACUUGUUGAGAACUCUAACUCCGGCGAGCGGUAUACCACUGUUGCUUCCCAUGGGUUUCCACAUGGCGGCGAAGUUUUCCAUCCAUGUGCUAGCGGUAAAGAGAUCGGUCAAAUCAUUAUGAAGAUCACACAUACAGAAAUCGCGAUAGCAAAAUUGCAUGAUGAUGUCCCGUAUGUAAAUGACACUUUCGAGAGCCCUUUUAACGGAAUACAACCUACCCAGUUACGAAGUCUCGUCACAGCUGACAGCUUGAAGCCUGGUGAUACGGUCUAUAUGAAUAACCAUCUUAUUGGUUAUUCCGAAGGUAUCUGUGGACCUCACACCCGUGAGCAAAUUCCCUGUACUGACCCUAGCCAACCUUCAUUCGAAUGGAUCAAGACUCGCUGGUGCUAUAUGGGUCAAGGGUCCACCGAAAGUCUCCAAGAUAGUGUUUGCGGAUCUGCAAUCUGGGUUAAGGAUGGAAAUGUGAUUGGGUUCUUCCAUUUUGCACCAGCAUCCGGUCACUUCUUAGACUGGUCUUUCUGUGUCGGAGCUGACCACAUCAUUGAACGUUGUUUUAAGAAUGUGCAAUAA